AUGAGCUUCGAGGAUUUCUGUGGUGGUCCCUUCUGGGACGAAGACUUCGUGUGGGAUGUAGACAAUCCGAAUUUCACGUUCUGCUUCCAACGUGUCAUCCUACAAUGGGUGCCCUGUUUGAUGUUGUUCGUAUUCUCGAUCUACGACAUCUUUAAAAUCACCGAAAGUCGCUAUCGAGACAUCCCAUGGAACUGGUACAACUUGUCGAAGAUUCUCGUGAUUUUUCUGCUCAUGUGCAUGUCCUGGAUCGAUCUGGGAAUGGUGGUGGGCUAUCAGGACGAGCAGGGACUGUAUGAUGUACAGAUCUUGACCGCGGUGUUCAACGCGUUGGCUUAUAUCGACUUGAUCGUGCUGUUGUUCUUCAUGCGAAAGUACGGCAUUCGCACGUCGGGCACCAUGUUCAUGUUCUGGUUCCUGCGAAUGUUCUUCGGUAUUAUUCAGCUCCGCACGGAGGUGAUGGAGAACGACAAGCGACCGAAUCCGAUCGGAUCCGGCGACACAGUUGACUUCUGGGAGUACCAAUACGUCAGUUACAUCAUCCAGUACGCCUUCAUCUGUCUGAUGCUGGUGCUGGAACUCUUCCCUGAUAAGGCGCCCACGUUCAGUUACUAUCCGAAGGCCGCCAAGCCUAACCCUGAGCUUCAGUCAAGUUUUUUCGUUAAAUUGUUGUUCCUACAUUUUGAUUCCUUCGCCUGGAAAGGCUUUCGCAAGCCGCUCACUAUGGACGACAUGUAUGACAUCAAUCCGCAGGACGCUUCUGAAGAAUUGGUGCCUCCAUUUGAUCUGCACUGGCAAGCUAGUGUUGAAAGGGGUCGCAAGAAGCAGAUGACUGCCAAUCGCAAGGAGGGAAAACCUGACAUAGAAUACAAACCCCACUCGGCAUCCAAUGGCUCCGUGUUAUACACGAUCGUUCGCGCAUACGGGGGUCCCUUCUGGUUUGCGGGAAUGUUACAAUUGGCGAUAUCCGGGCUCCAGUUCGCUUCGCCUUAUCUAAUGCAAGAGUUGAUGGCUGUUAUAGCUCUGGAUGGGCCGUUGUGGAAGGGGUUCUUGUUGACGUUUGGAUUAUUUGGCGCAUCGUUGCUACUGGGAUUGUUCAAUGGCCAGUACUUAUUCAACACGUUUCUUAGUGGAUUCCGCAUUCGAACGGGUUUAAUCAGUGCCAUCUACCGGAAGGCUCUACGUAUUUCUAGCGCCGCCAAAAAAGACACUACCGUGGGUGAAAUCGUCAAUUUGAUGGCCGUCGAUGCGCAGAAGUUUUUUGAGUUAACCUCUUACUUGCACAUUCUAUGGUCUGCUCUGUUAAUCAUCGGAUUGUGUGUGUUCCUGCUCUACGACAUCCUCGGAGCAGCAGUUUUUGCUGGACUCGGAGUAAUGGUGCUUAUGACUCCUGUGUCGGGAGUAGUUGCCGCGAAAUUAAAAAGCUGCCAAGUUGCUCAAAUGCGACUCAAGGACGAACGCGUGAAGAAAAUGAACGAGAUUCUCGGAGGUAUCAAAGUGUUGAAGCUGUACGCUUGGGAGCCUAGCUUCCAGGAAAGCAUUCUGACAGUUCGCAAGGAGGAGAUCAGUAUUCUUAAGAGCAUGGCCUACUAUGGUGCUGGAAUCUACUUCACUUUUACCAUCGCUCCGUUCCUUGUCACCCUCGUGUCGUUUGCCGUGUACGUGAUGAUAGACGAAGAAAAUAUUCUCGACCCUCAAACGGCCUUUGUAUCGCUGGCAUUGUUCAAUAUAUUACGAUUUCCUCUGGGUAUGUUUCCAAUGGUAGUAACGUUUGCCAUGCAAGCUUGGGUAUCCGUGAAACGUAUCGACAAGUUCCUCAACAGUGCCGAGCUCGAUCCCAGUAAUGUGACAAACAACAAGAGUGAUGACGCUCUAACUAUCAAAGAUGGCACGUUUUCUUGGGGUGAUGAAACGCCCACGCUGAAGAACAUUAACCUAGCCUUGCGUAAAGGACAACUAUCUGCGAUCGUUGGUACCGUCGGCACGGGAAAGAGUUCUCUUAUUUCGGCCUUGUUGGGCGAAAUGGAGAAGGUCAAUGGCCUUGUCAAUACGGACGGUACGAUCGCGUAUGUUCCUCAGCAGGCAUGGAUUCAGAAUGCCACGCUCCGAGACAAUAUCCUUUUCGGUAAGCCGUUCGACCAGAAGAAGUACGACAACGUGAUCGAGUGUUGUGCCCUCAAGCCCGACUUAGAGAUGCUUCCCGGAGGUGAUACAACGGAAAUAGGAGAGAAGGGCAUCAAUCUUUCCGGAGGACAGAAGCAACGUGUCGCUCUGGCCCGUGCUGUGUACGCUGAUGCUGAGAUUUAUCUAUUUGACGAUCCACUAAGCGCUGUAGACGCCCACGUCGGCAAGCACAUUUUUGAGAAGGUGAUCGGACCAACGGGAAUGCUGGUUGGAAAAUCCCGUCUGUUGGUGACACACGGUAUAUCCUUCCUACCAUUCGUGGAGAACAUUUUCGUCAUCAAGGACGGAGAGAUAUCAGAAAGUGGAACAUAUCAGCAAUUAAUAGAUCAGAAAGGAUCGUUCGCGGAAUUUUUAAGCCAACAUAUUCAGGACCUCAAUGACGACGAUGGAGAGCUCUGUUUGAUUCAGGAAUCAAUCAAAGACGUAUCGACAAGUCACAUGAUCCAACGUGCAUUAUCUGUUCGUUCAAAUCGUUCGAAUGGAAGCGAUGAAGGUACCGGUAAAAAACGAAUAAGUCGCCAAGAGUCCAAGCAAUUUGAACAGAGCGUGGCACACGAAACCCUCCCACAAAAAGCAAAUCUAAUAGGUGCUGAAGAAUCAGCAACUGGAGCAGUCACAUGGGCCGUUUACAAAAAGUAUAUCAAAGCUAUCGGCUUCCAGUUUGGAUUUUGGUCUGUUGUGUUCAGUGCGAUCAACCAAGGCAGCGGUAUCUAUUCCAAUAUGUGGCUCACCGAUUGGUCCGAGGAUCCGGAAGCGAUCACUGAUACUUCGGUACGAGAUAUGUACCUCGGGGUGUACGGUGCGCUAGGAGGCGUGCAAUCAAUUGCUUUAUUUUUAGCCGCCAUUUUUAUCGCACUAGGAUGCCUAAAGGCGGCUCGAGAAUCCCAUGACAAACUACUGGACAGCUCUCUGCGUAUGCCAAUGUCCUUUUUCGACACGACACCUCUCGGACGAAUCAUCAAUCGCUUCUCGAAGGAUGUGGACGUAGUAGACAAUGUGCUUCCUGUGACAAUUAGGGCCUGGCUGCUUUUCCUAUUCAGUGUUGUUGGUGUAUUCAUUGUUAUUGGUAUUUCCACCCCAAUCUUUCUCGCAGUUGUUCCGCCCUUGCUAGUAGUCUAUUACUUCGUACAGCGUUUCUACAUCGACACUUCGCGUCAAUUGAAACGACUGGAAUCCGUCACACGCAGCCCUAUCUAUUCACACUUUGGAGAGAGUAUUGGCGGACAAUCGACGAUUCGAGCAUACGGGCAGCAGGAUCGGUUCACUAAGGAAUCCGAACGACGUGUAGACUACAAUCAAUUGGUGUCAUAUCCAACAAUUAUUGCAAACCGCUGGCUUGGUGUUCGGUUGGAAAUGAUUGGUAGUUUGGUGAUCUUGUUCGCAGCUCUGUUCGCUAUUCUGGCUCGGGACUCCAUCGGACAAGCAACGGUUGGACUGUCCAUCAGUUAUGCCCUGCAGAUAUCGCACGUCCUGAGUUUAUUAGUACGAAUGACCGCGGAAGUAGAGACAAACAUCGUUGCUGUAGAACGAUUGGAAGAAUACACCGUGCUUCCUCGAGAGGCCGACUGGCAGAAGGGAACAGUCGAUAAGGCAUGGCCAGCAGAAGGAAAGGUCGAGUUCAAGGAUUACCAAAUCCGAUACCGUGAUGGCUUGGAUCUCGUCAUUCGAGGCAUUUCGCUUAGCGUCCGAGGAGGAGAAAAGAUUGGUAUCGUGGGACGUACCGGUGCCGGAAAGUCUAGUCUUACCAUUGGCCUCUUCAGAAUCGUUGAGGCAGCAGGCGGUCAAAUCAUCAUUGAUGGGCUGGAUGUCUCGAAAAUGGGUCUUCACCAGCUGCGUAGUCGGUUGACCAUCAUCCCUCAAGAUCCAGUCCUCUUCUCGGGUACUCUCCGAGCCAAUGUGGAUCCGUUCAAGAGCUACAGUGACGAUCAGGUGUGGAAAGCCCUGGAGCUGUCACAUUUGAAAACAUUUGUGAAAGGGCUCACUGCAGGACUGGAGCACGAAAUUACCGAAAACGGCGAGAACCUCUCCGUGGGACAGCGACAGCUCGUCUGCUUAGCGAGAGCAAUUCUUCGAAAGACCAAGGUGUUGAUUCUGGAUGAGGCAACGGCGGCGGUGGAUCUGGAAACGGAUGAUUUGAUUCAGAAAACAAUCCGUACGGAGUUCGCCGACUGCACGAUCCUCACGAUCGCCCAUCGAUUGAACACCAUCCUCGAUUCCGAUCGUGUGCUUGUGCUCGACAAAGGUCUGGUAGCUGAGUGCGACUCACCGCAGAACCUGUUGGCUAACCGGGAGUCCAUAUUCUUCGGCAUGGCGAAGAAUGCAGGAAUCGUCAACUGA